GUCAGUGCGGCGGUAAAAGAAAUUGAAAAGACCGUCUAAGUUUUUAACUAUAUUUUCGAAAACUUACCAAAAAUGGACGAAGAAGGAGAUAGUAUUUUGUUAGAAGACAAUUAUUAUCAGUUGCUUAAUAUAUCGAAAACGGCAACACCCGAAGAAAUAAAUAGUGCAUACCGUCGAUUUUCCCGCAUAUUUCAUCCAGACAAGCACAGCACGGAUCCAAACAAGCAAAAAUGGGCCGAACAAAUAUUCAACAAAGUCAAAGAAGCCUAUGAGGUCCUAUCAGAUUCACAUAAAAGGGCUAUUUAUGAUACCUUGGGAAAGAGAGGCUUGGAAGUUGAGGGUUGGGAGAUUAUAUUCCGAACCAGAACACCUCGAGAAAUCAGAGAAGAAUAUGAAAGGUUGAAACGUGAGAGAGAAGAGAGAAGGCUACAGCAAAGUGCGAACCCCAGAGGCACCAUAACACUAUCAAUAAAUGCAACGGACCUGUUUAUGAAGUAUUAUGAUGAAUAUGAUAUACUGGAAGAUGCAGCUAUCAUACCAAGUAUUGAAGUUUCCGGAAUGACUAUACAACAAUCUAUUGAUGCCCCGGUAACGCUUAGGAAUACUGCUACACUAUCUGGGAAUAUUUCAACACAAAAUGGGACAGGCACGGGUUCAUUAACUAUAUCAAAUCGGCACUUAAGUUCAGAACGCGGGUGGACUGAAUUGGAAUGUGGUAUUGGAAAUGGACCGGUGUUCGGUUUCAAGAUAUUCAGAACAAUAUCUAGGCUUAUGUUUGUUAAUUGUUGGACUGGUCUUCAAUUUACGCCGAGAGGGAUAGUACCAAGUUUUGCGUCAACCAUGGCUUUACAGCUUGAUGCCCAUUCAGUGGGAUACUUAACUUACCGGGCGGGUGGUCAAAGUGGUUCAUCAAUGACUUCAACCUAUGUGAGAGACUCGGAGAAGUAUCACCUUAAUACUGCAAUGCAAAUUGGCAACCCUCAUUCCUUCAUAUCGUUCAAUGUUAUGAGGAAGCUUCCUCAGCAUGAUCUCAAGCUGCGCUUGGCUUUAAAAUUCGGUACCUUCGGCGCAAUAGCUGAAUACGGAGCUGAAAAAAAGGUGUCACAAAACAGUAGUGUAUCAGCCGCGGUGAUGCUAGGAAUUCCUAGUGGUGUUAUGCUUAAAUUAAAAUGGUCGUGUUCGUCUCAAACCAUAGUGGUACCUAUCCACUUAUGCGAGGAAGUGAUACCUUCGCCUGUAUUUUAUGCAACGGUGGUUCCAAUGAUAUCUUGGCUGGUGUUGAAGAAACUUGUACUGGAUCCUAUAGCUAGGGAGAGGCAACAGAGGGAGCGACAGAGGUCGAUGGAGGCUAAUUUUGAGAGGUUACAAGAAAUGCAGCGACAAGCACGGGCAACGGUCGAGCUGAUGAGAGAAACUUAUACCAGGAUCAGGAGUGACGAGGAAAAGAAAAAGGGUCUGGUCAUAAUUAAGGCCUUAUAUGGAAAGUUACCUGCUGGUGCGUCAGACCACGAUAUACCUAUCGAACAAACGGGUGAUACAGCAUCCCCCGAAUCGCCGAAUGCGUAUUCAGAAGUCAUAGACGUAACUAUACCAAUACAAUGUCUCACCAAAGAUUCGAGAUUAGAACUAUUGGAAGCUAGCAAGUAUGAGCUGCCCGGUUUCUACGAUCCUUGUGCGGGUGACGAGAAACAUCUAACAAUCCAGUACAUGUUUCAUAACAAUCUUCAUUGUUGCACAGUUGAAGACAAUCAGUCCGUUAUUCUGCCACGCAAUAAUCAUCGAAUAAAGAAUCGGUCCUGAAAAAUAAAGUCGAGGCGCUAGCAUUAAGCGUCUACUAGCAGCUAUAAUCAACGUUACAAAAUCCAGAAAAUCGUAUCGGUAACCAUUGUCGCAAAACAUUCCAUUACCUAGUGUUGCCAUUAUAAUAAUAAUAAAUAUGCUCGAAGCGCACAAAACAUCAUAAAACAUUUUCCUAUUUGUUUCGUAUUUCCCGUAUUUUUUAAAAUGUAUAUUUGAACUUGGCAAUUAAUCGUGUGUAUACUUGAUUUACUUUCUACCUUUAAAUCAAAAAUAAUAUAACCCAUAUUACUUAAGAAAGAAAAUAAUAAAGCAUUAUUAAUAAAACGGAUAUGAUAAAAAUAUAUUUUCUCAUUAAUGAAUUAUUGUAUCAUAUUUUGAAUGAAUAUUACAGGAUGUUAGUGUUAAAAGAUAAAAUGGUAAGUUCUCAUCGAUUCAUAAAAAUUAGAUGAUUUGGCUAUGGUGGAUGAACAUAGUGAAAUUCAAGAGAGUAAUUGAGUUUAAAGUCGAGCUGUAUGGUGAAUCAUGAUCCGAUUAUUAUAUAGUUUGCCCAACAAUGGGAAUGUUUAAUCUUUCCCAUUUUAUAUAUUGUACAUACAUUAAUGAACGUAAGAGACGAUACGAUUUUCUGGUUUUUAUAUAAUCUAUGUCGAGGCAUGAUAUUCAAUUGCAAUAAUAUAAAGGUCUUAAAGACUUAUAAGGUGUUUUUUGAAAUUAUAUAAACAAAAUGCUAUUUAAAAAAAGCUGUUCUCUCAUUUAAAUUAUGAUCGGAAUAAUGUGAGAUAAUGGUGCCCAAUAAAAUUUCUCAAACGAAGUCUUCUACGAGCGAUUUACAUCUACGUUUAUUCUACUACAUUGAUAUUCAUUGCGGACUAACACCGCAAUGUCUAUAAAAGACAUAUACCAGAUAAAAUAUGUUCAAAGCAUCGUUUCGUAGAUAAACGUGGUAUAUGAAAAAUUGUCUAUGAAUUUUUACAGAAGUUUGUUGCAAAAACACUGCCAUUAUGGUGUCUUAUUAUGGGUUACAUAGCAAAGAAAAGCUUCGUAGCUUGAUGGUAGAUCGGUGUUAUUAUUCUCUAAGAACGAAAUCGAAACUCGAUAUCGAAAUUGAAAUGUCAAAAAGUGCACUGACCAAGUUUGGAUGUUGACUGUCUACGAUUGAGUGGAGCAUUGAAUGUCAGUUUCUUAUAGCUUGGCUAUUGAGCUGGUUUUAAAUAGCUUUUAGGACUGUAGAGAGUCUGGCAUACAAAUUGCAUAUAACAUAUCGUUAAGGCUUCGCGCUGGCAAAAUUCAUAGACAAAGAAUUUACGUGGAGUUUAUUUUUUAAAUAGUGUGAUGUGGAUUUGUUACAGAUGAAGUAUGUAAUCUAUCAUAGUUGUUUAUAUAACUUUAAAAUACACUUGUACUAUUUUGGUAUCGCUAUAUUGAUGUUGUGUUAUAAUGUAUCAAAUACAAUAAACGAUUUUCAUGAAAUGUAAAACUUUUAAAUUAUACAAAUAUUUUUAUAGCGAUAAUUGAAGCUGAUAAAGUAAUUGUUGGAAUUAUGUACUAGAAUUUGAAAAUCCAUUAUGUCAAAAUUAUAUUUUUUGUUAACUCUACAAUGUACAGUGAGAAACGAAAAUAUGUGUUCAUUUUGUUUUUGUUGAUUUGUCAAAAAUUACUUUCUAAUGUUUUGUUUGUAUUAUUUAAUGUUACGUAUUUCGAUAUAAUGACAAUCAUUAAAGUGUAAACUAUAGUCUUUCUUAAUAAUUUUCUUAUCUGUUAACAAUAUUGUCAUAUUGUAAGAGUGUACCAAGAACAUUCGCAAAUAUUUUAUGAGUUCAGAAACUUUAAGCGCACACUUUUAAAAUAAUAACUUCAAUAGUGGCCUCGUGGCUUGUUUAUUAAACUACGUCUUCGUAGACAUCAGGCUUAAAUGAUGCCCCAAUUAAAGGCAACUGUCGAUAUCUGUUCAGAAAUUCUUAUCUUCCUGCUCGGGGUUAAGAAAUUGAUGGUGUUACACUCUCGCGCUUUGGAAAUUACCGUUGCUUGCUUUCUUUUCUUUUUGCUCUCUUCAGUGACUGCUAUCCUGUCUGCAUAUGAAAGGGAGGAAUUAUAGAGUGUAUAAGUAUUAUUUCUCGGCAGUGAGUACGAGAUACGGUUAGAAAAAAAAUAUGUUACAACUUCGAACAUUACAUUAAUGAGCGGGCUUAUACCUGUAAUAUAAUUCGGUGCCCUCGUAAACUAACGCGAUAUAAAUCGUACGUUAAUAGAGGAUUUCAAACGAAUGUUCACCAGUGAAAGCGCUCCAAUCGAACAUUGGUAAUGUAAUAUAUGUAUAAUAAUUCCUCACCACGUAAUUCAACCACGAAUGCUCUUGGUAACUUAAAAUAAAUCUACGAAAAGAAUACGUUCUAAAUUUAAAUUAUUUAUUAACAGUUGCGUUGUUUUUUUUUUUUUGAUUCGCUUUGAAGUCCUGUCUAUAUUGUUAAUGCUUUAAGAUAUGAGUGUGCACAUAUUUAGGUAUUGCUGUACAAAUUCAUUGUUCCCUCGAUAACAUAUGUUUUUAUAAAGGUAGAAUGUUCCAUGUGUAUCGAAACAACUGCAUUUAAGUAAAUACAAGACCGCUGAACCGAUUUUGCUAUUUAAACAUGCGAUAUAAUUUUAGCUGUUAUUCUUAGAAUGACAUUAUAUAAUGUAUUUAGAUUAGACGUUUUCUUGUGCGCCUGAAAUAUAAAAUAUUGUUUAUUUGUUCCUA